AUGAAUAUUUCCUCUAUUCGUUAUGCUAACGGAUACACACCGUCGUUUCAUCAAAAAGCGGCGCCAACUACAGCUAUGAGUUCUACUAAAUACUCUAUAACAAAUACAACUAAACGUUCGCCGUCAAAAUCACAGCCUCUUCAUACUGCUCCAAUUAUUCCUUCAUACAUAAAACAGGUUUUGGUUUUGGAUUCGUUGAAUGAUACUUUUGGUACAAAACGUCUCUCAUUACAAGAAGGUAUACCAGUCAAGAUCGGUAGAUCAACAAACAGGCAAACAAGCCCGGCUGAGGCAAAUGGGUACUUUGACAGCAAAGUGCUCUCAAGGACUCACGCCGAAGUUUGGUUUGAGAAUGGGAAGGUUUAUGUUAAAGACAUGGGAUCAAGUAAUGGAACGUUCGUAAAUGGAAGGCGCAUCAAUUUUAUAGAGAAUAAGGAUGAAAAAGUAGAGUUAAGACAACGUGAUAUUUUGGAGUUUGGCAUUGAUAUCUACAAUGAUCAAGAUAAAAAAUUGUUGUUUCGUAAGGUGUGUGCAUCAGUCAGCUUCCUUAAACAGUAUAACAAAAACUUAAGUACAAAGUACAAAUCUAAUAAUGAUUCGGCCAGAGAUGAGGAUACGGAUGAUAUAACAAAAUUCGAUUUUAAUUUAAACACAGGGUUUUCUAUUUAUGAUUUUCUUGAGAAAGAAUUAUUAAAUUGUAAGGAGGAAUAUCAGCGAUUAAAUGAAAUGAGUACGACGCUAAAUGAUAUAACAAAUAUUUUUGAUAAUGCAGAUAAGGUAUUAAUAACCAAGACUACCAAUGGUUUUUCGAAACGUGAGUCAUGCUCUGAAAAGGAUAAACUUGAAAAAUUGAUGGAUAAUGUUAUACAUAAAGAAAAUCGUGAAAAGAAAAUUGAACCAUUUACGACAAAUAUAAAUGGUUCAUUUAAAAUUUCAAACGAUAGUUUUUUUGAAGAUUUAAAUUAUAAUAACCAUGAUAAUAAAAAGACAAUAAAACCACAAUAUGAUGAAAUUAGUCGUUUAAAUGAAGAAAUUAAACGAUUCAAUGAAAAAUUUGAAAAUCAAGCCCACGGUAUUGUUUUAAAAGAUUGUGAGAUAAAAAGUCUUCAGGCGAAUAAUAGGCGUCUAAUUAAUGAAAUUUCCAGAAUUCGUCAAGACCUGGAAAAGUCUAAUGCUAACUGUAAUAAGUAUCGUGAACUUAUUGAGAAAGAGCAAGCCAAACACAAGACUGAGACUGAAAAGCUAAUUUGUUCGCUCCAAAACGAAUUAAAGGAUUCACAGAAGACUAAUUCUAUAGUGAAAUCAUUACAAACUCAAUUAGAGGAUUUCCGUGCUAUUAAUGAGCUAUUGAAAAGGAAUUAUGAAUCGAUAAUAGAAGAAAAUAAACUAUUGCGUGAAAAUAUUCGUAGAGCUGAGUUAGAAAAGGGGACACAAUUGGAAUUUGUAAAAAAAUUGGGUCACGAGAUUGCAAUGAAUUCUGGAUUAGAAAAUGAUUUAUCAAAAUCUUCAUUACCUCAAGUGAACCGAAACGGACAUUCAAAACAAAUUUCUGAACCAAUUAAAGAUUCAGAAUGGACAGGUGAUAAUGAUGAAAUAAUAACGGACGAAAUUAACGAUAAUAAAGGUGGAACUAUAGAAAAAAGCAAAAUAGGUUAUUCUUCAAAUAUUGUGAACAAGCAUGGUUUUAAAUUGGUUAAAACGUCAAUGCUGCAAGGUAUUGAUGCGCCAAUGGAUAAUGCGGUGAUGUCAAUUAAACAAGAAACUAUCAAUGGUGAUCUUACUAAAAAUAAGUUAACCAAAAAAUGUUCACGGACGAUAGUAAUGUCUUCGAAAGGAAGAGGUGUCAAAACCACAAAGAAUGAGUGCAUGACUGAAUCAUCUGAUAGUAAUCAGGUUGUGAAAAAAGUUAAAAGUGAAAUAAAGUCGGGAAAAGGAACUCAAUCAAUAAAGAAUGUAAGCUUGACCUGGACUGUUGGUUCUUUGUUGACUUUACUUUUCUUACAUUCUAUGAUCAUCAUAUUUAUUCAAACCGCAUUCUUCCAGAGUCGAUUCCCAUUACCAUGGUUAAAUUCACCAACUUAUAAUAAUUCUUCACUAUUUGAAAUGCCAAUUUUGAAUUCUUCCUUAUCCAAUUUGUUAAAUUGGAUUUUGUCAUGGUUUAAUUUAUCACCAAAUUGGGGUUCAUCGACUUGGAAUUUACCAAUGACUGAUAUUAUAUCUUGGGAUGCUUCAAGGAUUAACGCUGAAGCGUUAAAAAUAGGAGCAACGACUUUGGAGGUUUCAAUGGGUUGGGUAGUGCUUGAAAUUGAAAUUUUGGAAUGCCCUUUCGAAGAUAUACACGAUGCUUGCAAUGGAGAGCAUUUAUGGAAGAAUGACUUUAGUUGGCGAGUACUUUAA